GGUUGUAAAUAGUUGAUGAUGGUGCUGCCUUUUUUUUAAGACAGUUGAUAAAUUCAAAUUUUGUUAUGUUUAUUUCCAGAUGAUGAGGGUUUUUGAUUUUUGAGUUGAGUGAUGAUUUGAGAUUUUGGUUUAACAGGGGUGGCGGGCGAGCGAGGGGGUUUUUUUGUUUAUCAGACAAUUUAAAUUAAAAGACCAGACAAAAGAGAUUAAAAAAAAUGACAAAAAUUGAUUAAGAUUAUAUGCAGGUGUGGUAUCUUGUUUUGAAGUAUGGGGAAUCUAACAACGAGCGGGCGAUAAAAGGAAAAAAAUUCCGUUUGGAUUUGUUCAACUACAUUUUUUUUUUCAUAUUUAAUAUCACUUUGAUCUUCUUCUUGUAUAACUUCAACUUCUUUAACGAAUUGAUUAAGUAUGCCUAUUUCAACUGAAGCCACCCCCUCGGAGUCAACUUCAUACUCCAUCUCAUCCACUAAAUCAGAUGAUGAAUCGUUACAACUUUUAAUCAAUUGGACCGAUAAUCAAACUUCUCGAUUUCAUUAUAUUUGGCUUCGUGAUAAUUGUCAUUGUGAAAAAUGUUAUUAUCCUACCACCAAACAACGAUUAUUGAAUUCUUCUUUCAUUAGAGAUGAUAUCAAACCAAUUAAAAUCGAUAGUAAUAAUGAUAAAACCGGUUUAACUAUCACUUGGGAUCAAGAUAAUCAUAGUAGUACUUAUCAAUUCGAUUGGUUAUAUUUACAUUCUUAUCAACCAAAAUUAAUCCCCAAUAAUUUGAAAUUAAAAGGUGAACAAACCAUUUUAGCUCAAUCAUAUUGGAAAGUAAAUGAUAUCAAACAUAAAUUACCUACCGUUGAUUUCAACACCAUAAUUCAAUCAAGUGAUGAAACCGAUCAAGAACAAGCUAUCAAAGAUUGGAGUUUAAAAAUUUGGAAAUAUGGUUUCUGUCUCAUUGAUAAUGUUCCUGUAACUCCUGAAGAUACCGAACGCUUAUGUGAAAAAUUAUCUUAUAUUAGACCAACUCAUUAUGGAGGAUUUUGGGAUUUUACUAGUGAUUUAUCCAAGAAUGAUACUGCUUAUACAAAUUUUGAUAUUUCUUGUCAUACUGAUGGUACUUAUUGGUCAGAUACACCUGGAUUACAAUUAUUUCAUUUAUUAUAUCAUGAUGGUGAAGGUGGGACUACCUCAUUGGUUGAUGCUUUCCAAUGUGCUCAAAUCUUACGUGAAAAAUAUCCUCAAAGUUAUGAAUUAUUCACCAAGAUUAAAAUCCCAGCUCAUUCAGCUGGUGAAGAGAAAGUUUGUAUUCAACCAGAUAUCCCCCAACCUAUUUUCAAACUUAAUGAUGAAGGAGAAUUAAUUCAAGUUCGUUGGAAUCAAAGUGAUAGAUCAACCAUGGAUAAUUGGGUUGAUCCAAAUGAUGUUCCAAAAUUCUAUACUGCCAUUAAACAUUGGGUAUCAAUUAUAAAUGAUCCAACCAAUGAAUUAUUUUAUCAAUUAAAACCAGGUCAAUGUUUGAUAUUUGAUAAUUGGAGAUGUUUCCAUUCUAGAACUGAAUUCACCGGUAAGAGAAGAAUGUGUGGUGCUUAUAUUAAUCGUGAUGAUUUUGUAUCGACUUUAAAAUUAUUAAAUUUAGGUAGAAAAGCAGUAUUAGAUUCAAUCUAAAUUAUUUUUCGCAACA